UGUUACCGGAGCACAGAAAAAGACACUGACCGAAUGAAACCACAACUUCAUAGGACCUCGUCCCAUCGUAUUUUCAGGAUGUCUGGUGCAGCGGUGCUCGCGUUCCUCCAGGGGCUGACCCGGCGCAAGCCCCUGGAUCCGGAAGGGGAGGUGUCCACAUUCCGCCGUUGCCUGAACACCCUGGACCUGGUUGCCCUCGGGGUGGGCUCCACCUUGGGGGCAGGGGUGUACGUGCUGUCCGGCGAGGUCGCCCGCGGGAUAUCCGGCCCCAGCAUCAUCGUCUCCUUCUUCAUCGCCGCCCUGGCGUCCAUUUUUGCCGGGCUGUGUUACUCCGAGUUUGGCUCCAGGGUCCCCAAAACAGGCUCCGCCUACCUCUACAGCUACGUAACUGUGGGAGAGAUCUGGGCCUUCAUCACAGGCUGGAACUUACUGCUCUCUUACAUUAUUGGUACUUCGAGCGUGGCCUUGGCAUGGAGUGGUACCUUCGAUGAUCUCCUGGGAAACGUCAUCUCGGACUACUUCAGCAAACACGCAGCGAUGGCCUUACCUGGCCUGGCCCCCUACCCAAACAUCUUUGCGGCAGGACUGAUCAUGCUCUUAGCCGGUCUCUUGGCCUUUGGGGUGAAAGAGUCGACCACAGUCAAUAAGAUAUUCACCACCAUCAACAUCCUGGUGCUGCUGUUUGUCGUCAUAUCUGGAUGCAUCAAAGGAAACCUGGACAACUGGCACAUCAGCAGAGAAACCCUCCUGAAUGCCACUGCAGUUGCUGAAAACCUCUCCUCCAUCGUGAAUGUGACGAGCGAAUUUGGUGUGGGAGGUUUCUUCCCCUAUGGUGCGGAGGGAGCUCUGGCUGGAGCUGCCACUUGUUUCUAUGCCUUCGUUGGGUUUGACUGCAUUGCCACUACAGGAGAGGAGGUGAAAAACCCUCAGAAGUCCAUCCCCAUGGGCAUUGUGGUCUCCCUCCUCAUCUGCUUCCUGGCGUAUUUUGCCGUUUCGGCAUCCCUUACCCUCAUGAUGCCGUACUACUUGCUGAACAUACACAGCCCGCUGCCUGUGGCCUUCGCUUACAUCGGCUGGGCCGCCGCCAAGUACGUGGUCGCUGUGGGCUCCCUCUGCGCCCUCUCAACCAGCCUGCUGGGGUCCAUGUUUCCGAUGCCACGCGUUAUAUUCGCCAUGGCGAGGGACGGGCUCCUCUUCAGAUCCCUCAGCACGGUCAGCUCACGCCAGAGUCCAGUGAUGGCCACGCUCUCCUCCGGCCUGGUGGCAGCCAUCAUGGCCCUCCUGUUUGACCUGAAAGCUUUGGUGAACAUGAUGUCCAUUGGAACACUCUUUGCCUACACUCUGGUUGCUAUUUGUAUUCUCAUUCUCAGGUACCAGGAAGACCCUGCUGAAGACUGCAAUUCGAUCUGUAAAGCUGAAUCUAUCUCUAGUCUGAGCUUUUUAAACCCUCCGUCUCUCCCCACUGCAAGAACCUCCAAAAUUGUGACAACAUGCACUGCAAUCAUUGUUGUCCUGGUUCUGGGUCUGGCUGUGAUCCUGACAGUGGCUCUGCGGUCACUGGCCCGGAGGUGUCUGUGGAGCCUGUUGUGUCUGAGUGUCCUCCUAGUCGCCAUCAUCCUCGGGACCCUCCUCAUCUGGAGGCAACCCAAAAACCCCACCAGGGCAGCCUUCAUGGUCCCCUGCAUCCCAGUGCUCCCCAUCGUCAGCGUCUUCAUCAACGUUUACCUGAUAGUCCAGCUGGGUCCGGAUACCUGGAUACGCUAUGCUGUCUGGAUGGCAGUGGGAUUCCUCAUCUACUUCAGCUACGGGGUCCGUCACAGCGUACAGAAACAGCGGCUGCUCAAUGCACAGAAGACCCAGGUGAUCCAGACCAUCAAGACUCCUGCAGAGGGGGAAGGGGUCACGUCAGAGGAGGGCAAAGCCGGUGAGGAGAAGAUGGAGCUAAAAUAG